GCAUGUGUAUAGAAAGCUUGUUGUUAUUCGUGUAAAUAACUGCAGAGGUAUAGACUCUCAUUAUUUCCUCAGGCUUAACAAAGCAUUUUACUUGUAGGUUUGUAGCCCGGAGAAAUGGAUGUUGGAGAGCUCCUGAGCUAUCAGCCCGAUAGAGGAGCAAAGCGUCCCAGGGAGGAGGAUGGAGGAGCAGCGGGAGGAGACGAGGACUCCAGAGGAGGGAAGCAGCAGAAAGGGCUGGGUUCCAGGGAGUUGGCCAGAUACAGAGAAGCAGCAGGAAUAGGAAUUGAAGUAGGUGGUGAAAUGAGGGAGACUGAGGAGCUGACUGGGGACAAGAACAAGAUCCUGGAGAAACUGAUGGACCAGGAUGAAGAGGAACCUGAGGCAGAGCCGGUGGAUGAGAGUUCAGUGAAGAAAAUGAUCCUGACCUUUGAGAAAAGGUCAUACAAAAAUCAGGAACUAAGGAUUAAGUUUCCAGACAAUCCAGAGAAGUUCAUGGAGUCUGAGCUGGAUCUGAACGACAUUAUCCAGGAAAUGCAUGUGAUCGCCACUAUGCCAGACCUCUACCACCUGCUGGUGGAGCUUAAUGCAGUCCACUCACUGCUGGGCCUCCUCAGUCAUGAAAACACUGAUGUUGCCAUAGCAGUGGUGGACCUGCUGCAGGAGCUGACGGAUAUCGACACACUCCAUGAGAGCGAGGAGGGUGCUGAGGUACUCAUAGAUGCUCUGUUGGAGGGUCAGGUGGUGGCUUUGCUGGUGCAGAAUAUGGAGCGGCUGGAUGAACAGGUGAAGGAGGAGGCUGAUGGCAUCUAUAACACACUGGCUAUCAUAGAAAAUAUGGCCGAGUUCAGACCAGGCCUGUGCACAGAGGCAGCUCAGCAGGGACUCAUGCAGUGGCUGCUCAAGAGAAUAAAGGCAAAGAUGCCGUUUGACGCUAACAAGCUGUACUGCAGUGAAAUCCUGGCUAUCUUGCUGCAAAACAAUGACAAUACCAGAGAACUAUUGGGAGAGAUGGAUGGCAUUGACGUGUUGCUGCAGCAACUAUCUGUGUUCAAACGUCACAACCCGUCCACGGCGGAGGAGCAGGAGAUGAUGGAGAACCUCUUCGAUGCUCUGUGUUCCUGCCUCAUGCUGCCAGCCAAUCGGGACCGCUUUCUCAGAGGGGAAGGGCUUCAGCUAAUGAAUCUUAUGCUCAGAGAAAAGAAAAUGUCUCGGACCAGUGCUCUGAAGGUCCUGGACCACGGGAUGAUUGGACCAGAGGGAGCAGAUAACUGCCAUAAGUUUGUGGACAUCCUGGGCUUGCGAACCAUCUUUCCGCUUUUCAUGAAAACCCCGAAGAAGAUGAAGAAAACUGGUGCUUCAGAGAAGGAGCAUGAAGAACACGUCUGCUCCAUCAUCGGCUCCAUGCUAAGAAAUCUCAAGUCCCAGCAGAGGAGCAGACUCCUCAACAAGUUCACAGAGAAUGACUGCGAGAAGGUUGAUCGACUGAUGGAGUUGCAUUUUAAGUACCUGGAGGCUGUUCAACAGGCUGACAAGAGGAUUGAAGGAGAGAAACAUGAGAUGGUUCGUCGGGGGGAGAUCCUAGAUGACAGCAUGGAGGAUGAGUUCUACCUUCGGCGCCUGGACGCCGGACUAUUCGUCCUUCAGUUGAUCUGCUACAUUAUGGUGGAGAUCAGCAACUCGGGGAUAUCACAGCUCCAGCAGAGGGUCCAUCAAAUUCUCAACCUAAGAGGAGGAUCUGUCAAAGUAGUGCGACACAUCAUGAGAGAGUACGCUGAGAGCAUCGGAGAUGGGAAGAGUGACGAGUUCAAGGAGGCUGAGCGGAAGAGGAUCAUGGACCUUGUAGACAACUUCUAAUCUCUCUCUCUCUCGAAGGCAGUGGUGUGUCUUUCUCUAACAUGCUGUAACUAACGUCAUUGGGUGUGUUUACGUGUGCAUUACAUGUAUUUUCACGGUUCAAAGAAAUUCUUCAAACAACCUGGUUAACUGGCCAUUUGAACCUUUACCUCACGUACAUCGUUGACAUCCAAUGUGAGGAAAAACACACUCAAGUUACUAGAAGUACUCAUUCAGAGUUUGUAUUUUUGACGAAUCUUAAUUUGUGUAAUUAACGCAGUCUUGAUGGACCAGAGGACUGGUGAAAAUGCAAUAAUUGCUGCACAUGUAAACCCGCUCACUGUAGUUUUCCACAGUUUGGAGAGAAGUAUUGUGGCGCGAAUGAAACACACCAUGGGAUGUAGUCUGAGCUGCUGCUCAGUCUCUGUACUGUGGGGUUGAACACUGCGGGAUAGUUCUGGACAGACUUCUCUGCAAACUUAAUGUCUCUCCCACUUUACCUGGUUUGUUUGUUUAGGAUUUACGUGUAAAAUAUUUUCUAAUAAAACAUUUGGUAA